GGUCUCCCACUCUCCCCUAUUUCACCUCCCCGCCAUUGAGAAAAAAACACACAUCUUUGAAUCAUUUCUCCACAAUGACUACACCAUUUCUGCAAUGCAAAAACUCACGUUUCAACCAUUAUGACCUUACCAGAAAAAAUAUGAAAAAAAUUCAUAUUUUCUUUACAUUUACGAUCACCGCGGUGAUCGUAACACUCAUUUCCCCUGUACAUUCCGCUUCUGAUUCCGCUUAUGCGUCUGCAUUGGGUGGUGGUGGUGGUGACGGUGAGACCUCGUCUGCGGCAGAGGAUGUGGUAGCACAAGCUGCAUUUAAAAAGUUCAGUAAUUUCACGUCAUUGUUCGGCCCCGAGGUCGCCAAGAGACUGAAAUUCUGUAUCAAGGACAUAGAUGCUGAAUGGAAGCUCGCGUUUGAUUUUUCUAAGAAUACGCAGUUUCUGAGUGCAUGCAUGAAACAAACCAAAGGUGAUCUUCAACAGCGCUUAUGUACAGCAGCUGAAAUAGAGUUCUAUGCCCACAGUGUAUUUGGCAGUGGUGGCUCAGGUGCUACAAACUAUGUGAAACCUAACAAAAAUUGUAAUCUAACUUCAUGGGUGGCUGGAUGUGAGCCUGGAUGGGCUUGUAGUGCUGGAAAAGGCAAGGAUAUCGACAUGAAAAACAGAAAGGACAUGCCUGAUCGAAAUCUUGACUGCCUGCCUUGCUGUGAAGGUUUUUUUUGCCCUCAUGGCCUUACCUGCAUGAUGCCUUGCCCUCUAGGUGCUCACUGUCCUGUUGCAACCCUCAAUAAGAAUACGGGUGUAUGUGAUCCCUAUACUUAUCAGACUCCUUCGGGACAAGCAAACCAUAGUUGUGGAGCAGCAGACAUGUGGGGAGAUGUAAUGUCUACGCGUGAGAUAUUCUGUUCUGCAGGAUUUUACUGUCAAACUCCUACAAAGGAAGCGACCUGCACCAAGGGGCAUUAUUGCAGGCUUGGCUCUACAAAACAAGCAAAUUGUUUCAAGCUGGCCACUUGUGAUACACAAACUGAAAAUCAAAAUAUUACAGCUUAUGGCAUCUUAGUUUCUGUUGGGCUGACACUCUUGCUUCUCAUCAUCUACAACUUUUCUGAUCAAGUUCUCCAUUCUAGAGCAAAGAAUAAAGCCAAGUCUAGAGAAGCUGCUGAAAGAAGUGCAAGGGAAACAGCACAGGUGCGUGAAAAAUGGAAAUCUGCAAAAGAUGUUGCAAAGAAAUCUGCAACCGGACUGAGUUCAUUAUCAAGGACAUUCUCCCGGCAAAAAUCUACUAAGAGUUCCCUACCACCCGCGCCAAAAGGCAAGAAAAAAGACAGCAACCUAGCAGCAAUGGCUCAUGAUCUGGACGAUGAUCCAGAUAAGCAUGAAGGCUUCAACGUGGAGAUUGGUGGUGAUAAAAAUCAUAAGAAGCCAAAGGGUAAGCAAUUGCAUACCCGCAGCCAGAUUUUCAAGUAUGCAUAUGGUCAGAUAGAGAAGGAGAAGGCCUUGCAGGAGCAGAAUGAAAACUUAAGCUUAUCUGGUGUGAUCUCAUUGGCUGCUGAUAUUGAUGUCAGGAAUAGACCUCCUAUUGAAGUUUCGUUUAAUGACUUGACUCUCACCCUCAAAGGGAAGAACAAGCAUCUGAUGAGGUGCGUAACAGGUAAGCUUUCGCCUGGCAGAGUCUCUGCGGUCAUGGGUCCAUCCGGGGCUGGAAAAACGACGUUUCUUUCUGCUUUGGCUGGAAAAGCAACUGGUUGCACAAUGACUGGUUCAAUUCAUAUCAAUGGAAAAAAUGUAUCAAUGAACUCAUACAAAAGGAUCAUCGGAUUUGUUCCUCAAGAUGAUAUAGUCCAUGGAAACUUGACAGUGGAGGAAAAUCUCUGGUUUAGCGCAAGAUGCAGAUUACCUAAUAGUUUGGCAAAAGCCGAAAAGGUUUUGGUUGUUGAAAGAGUCAUUGUAUCUUUGGGGCUGCAAAAUGUGAGAGGCUCCAUGGUUGGGACAGUGGAGAAGCGCGGUAUCUCUGGGGGGCAGAGAAAACGAGUGAACGUGGGGCUGGAAAUGGUGAUGGAACCUUCUCUGUUGAUCUUGGAUGAGCCUACUUCUGGCCUGGAUAGUGCUUCUUCUAAUCUACUACUUAAAGCUCUUCGCCGUGAAGCUCUUGAAGGAGUAAAUAUAUGCAUGGUUGUUCACCAGCCGAGCUACACCUUGUACAGCAUGUUCGACGACUUGAUACUUUUAGCAAAAGGCGGUCUCACUGCAUAUCACGGGCCAGUGAAAAACGUAGAGGAAUACUUUUCUGGGCUGGGGAUCAAUGUCCCUGAGCGUGUUAAUCCUCCGGAUUACUUCAUAGACAUUUUGGAAGGAAUAGUCAAGCCCGAGUCAGCCAAUGGAGCCCCGGCAGUUAACUACAAAGAGCUUCCAAUGCGAUGGAUGCUUCAUAACGGAUAUCCUGUGCCCCCAGACAUGCUAGGUUCUACUAAUCUGGCAUCGCCAUCAAUAGACGAGUCUUCAGCUCAUGGCUCAAAUCCUGCUGCUGCACAUUCAGAAGGCAAAUCUUUUCUUGGUGAACUAUGGCAGGAUAUAAAGACUAAUGUUGAAAUCAGGAAUGACCAUAUCAAGCAUAACUAUCUGAAAUCUUCUGACCUAUCUAACCGGAUCACUCCUGGCGUAUAUCGCCAGUACAGAUACUUUCUUGGGAGAGUCGGCAAACAGCAGCUACGAGAUGCCAGAUUACAAGCAGUGGAUUACCUUCUUCUAUUGAUUGCUGGAAUCUGUUUGGGAACCCUUGCCAAAGUGAGUGAUGAAACCUUGGGCUCAACUGGAUACACUUAUACUGUCAUAGCAGUCUCUCUCCUGGGUAUGAUUGCUGCACUGAGAUCAUUCUCUCUGGAUAAAUUGCACUACUGGAGAGAAAGUGCCUCUGGCAUGAGCAGUUUGGCUUAUUUCCUGGCAAAAGACACAAUCGACCAUUUUGCUACAAUUGUAAAGCCUGGUGUUUAUCUCAGCAUGUUCUAUUUCUUCAACAACCCAAGAUCUACUAUAUAUGAUAACUACUUCGUUUUAGUUUGUCUGGUGUAUUGUGUCACCGGCAUCGCUUAUGCACUUGCCAUCUACUUUGAAGCUGGUUCAGCUCAACUGUGGUCCGUGUUACUUCCGGUUGUCUUAACUCUGAUCGCAAUUCAAGAAGAAGACGGGGGACUUUUCAACAAGGUGAAAAAAUUCUGCUACCCUCAUUGGGCAGUAGAGGCAUUCAUUCUGGCAAAUGCACGAAGAUAUUCUGGUGUGUGGCUAAUUACAAGAUGUGGUGCACUGUAUAACUCAAACUAUGAACUUGAUGAUUGGUAUCCUUGCCUAAUUAAGCUGCUCUGCACUGGCGUACUUACUCGAGUCUUUGCUUAUUUUUGUCUGGUAACCUUCCAGAAGAAAUAGAUCCAGUGCAUCGUGUGUGGUUUUGAUCGUGUACAAACGUAAGAUAUAUACAAUACCUCGGACAUAGUGGCGUACAUUACUAUGGACUGUCAGCUUAGCUUAAACUGAGUAGUUUCCAGCUUCAACAUUACAAUGCAUAUCUGCAGAAUGCAUCAAGGCGUCAGAUGUUGGCGAAAGCCGAUGUAGGAUAACACCUGAUAGUUAUACCAACAAUUAAGUAAGAACUGUAAAUAUCUCCACACAGUAAGCUAGAAAUGUAUGAAGGUCACUUACUACAAUUUACAUUUAGAAGUUAAAUAUUAUGUAGCAGUGAUGCAUGAGAAUAAUAAAAGUUUCUCAAUGUUUUCU